AUGUGUGACGAAAAACAUGAGCAACGGAUUAAUGUGAAGUUUCUCGUUAAAUUAAAAAAAACUCCGACUGAGUGCUAUAAUUUGUUGAAAGAGGCCUAUGGUGAGAAUUCUCUAUUUCGUGCGCGUGUUUUCGAAUGGUAUAAACGGUUUUCUGAAGGCCGAGAGAGCGCCGAAGAUGACCAACGUCCAGGUCGACCUGUCUCUGUUUCAACUCCGCAAACAGUGACCAAAAUAAAUGAAAUUGUGCGCGGAGAUCGUCGUAUGAGCAUUCGGAUGAUUGCUGAGACUGACAACGCACCUGCCCAUAACGCGCUGUCUGUGAAGCGUUAUUUAGCCGCUAGAGGCAUUCCAGUGUUUGAACACCCGCCGUACUCGCCUGAUGUAGCACCUUGUGACUUUUUCCUGUUUCCGAAGAUCAAGUCUGCCUUAAAAGGAAUCCGGUUUGAGUCGAUGGAAGAGGUGAAGCGAAAAACGGCGGAGCUCCUAAAAGCUCUAACAAAAGAAGACUUCCAGCAUUGCUUAGACCAAUGGAAAAAACGAAUGGAACAGUGGUAUAUUAACCUUCUAGAAAGAUGA